AAAGUUUUUAAAAUAUUAUUCACAUAUUCCGCAUAUUUAUGGUAUUGCAUUUGUUCUCGAUCCUCGUUUUGGACUUGGUUCUUUAGAAGAAUGUUUGAAUUAUUAUUAUGCUGCUUUUUUUGGUCCAUUGCCAAUGUAUGAGGACAACCCAAUUGAUCCGAAAAAAAGAAUACAACGAGAAGAUGAUGAUUUUGACGUACUAAACUGGUGGAAGGGAAAAGAAAGAAUGUUCCCGGUUUUAGCAAAGAUGGCUAAGCAAGUGCUAUCAAUGCCGGUUUCAACGGUUGCCGUGGAACAAGAAUUUAGUUCGGCCGGCAAUGUUCUAACACAAACCAGAACGAGGUUGAGCGCUGAAUCUCUUGAGAUGUUUAUAUGCUACCACGAUUGGUUGAAAGCAGCACGUAGAGCUCAAGAAAUUGACAUCACUCCAUCCCAACACUUUAUGGAUGAAUCUACAACAGAGGGUGG